UUACCCAACCUAAAAGUGCCUGGCAGCAGGCCUCACAAAAGCCCCAUUCACAGGUAACACGAACCCAGACCAACGCUGCCACGUCAAAAAUGUUUGAGCAUACAGAUCUACCUGCCACGACUGUGGAGGACAGUUAGCUUGUCGGACUGUUUAGGCUCCAUUAUCAAUGCUAUUAACCGCGCUGCUUACCGCACCUGAAACUACAAUCACUUAGGACAAGGUGUGCCAGCAGGAUGUAAUAAAGGCAUGGAAUUAUUUUUGUCCUAUUCUUUUCCUGAAAAGGUUUGAGUAGCCUGUAUGCUAGCCCUAAGUGCAGUGGACAAAUGGACCCAACACAUUCUGAAAGAGGUUUUUGAACUUUGGGGGAAAGUGCAGAUGAAUGGCUUCGAUGGGAGUUGGGGCUCAUUGGAGAGCAGCGGGCCGCUCCACAAUCACAGUUCACAGAGGGGACGGGCGCUCAGGUUUGUCCCAGAGGGAGAAAUGGUGUGUACUUGUUCUCAAAGGGACCUGCUCCUCUGUGUGCGCGGCUAUCGUUGUUUUUUUGCUAUUGCUGGGAGUCUGCCUACUCUUCCUACCGGACCCGCUCACGCUGGAACCGUUUGUCUCUGAAGAGAACAGCGCGGUGACGGUCCUGAUAUGGACGCAUCCGUUCGGUCGGUACCGCGAACUUCCUGACUGCUUUGCGCUCUAUCAGAUCGGCGGAUGCACGCUCACUGACGACGGGCGCGCGUAUCCGGAGGCUGACGCUGUGAUCAUUCACCACAGGGAUGUUGCCACCGGCACAGCUGAUCUGCCACCGGAACCGCGGCCACGUGCGCAAAAGUGGAUAUGGAUGAACUACGAGUCCCCAACUCACACACCCAGGUUGUGGCUUUUUGGGGAUGUUUUCAACCUCACAAUGACCUACCGGACAGAUUCAGAUAUUUUCCUGCCGUACGGUUAUCUGGUCCCCCAUGAUCGCAGAACCAAAGGUAUCCCGAACCGCUUUGCGCAUCAGCUCCGCGUACCCUCACACCUCCUCCGGCCCCGCCUCUUGGCCUGGGUCAUUAGCAACUGGUCUGAGUCCCAUGCGCGCGUGGCCCUCUAUUACCAGCUCCGCCGUUACAUCCAGGUGGAUGUUUUUGGGCGCGCGGGCCGGCCGUUACCUGAGGACAGCGGAGGCAACAGUGUGGUGCGGCUGGUCGGACGGUACCAGUUCUACCUCGCGCUGGAAAACUCGCAGCACACCGACUACAUCACAGAAAAGUUGUGGAACGCAGUCACGGCCGGUGCCGUCCCGGUGGUCCUAGGUCCUUCCAGGCAGAACUAUGAACGCUUCCUGCCUCCCGAGGCCUUCAUCCACGUGGACGACUUCCCCACGGUGCGAGGGCUGGCCCGGUACCUGCUGACGCUGAGGCGCAACCCAGCCCGGCUGAGGCGGCACUUGGACUGGAGAGGAAGCUACAGCGUGCACCAGCCCUCCUUCUGGGCUGAACACUACUGCACGGCCUGCAGGGCGGUGAGAAGGACAAGAGGCGGGACUGAUAUGGUCAAAGACUUGACACGCUGGUUUCACUCGUGAAGAUGAGCAGUAGGCUAUCACCUCCAGAACCAGCUGAUUUGUAACCUCACCUGCCCACCUGAUGAUCAGCUGUCAAAGUUUACAACAGAAACCUACGGCUUUCAGAAUCAUGGUCCAGAACAGAGAUGGCUUCAUUGAUAAGAGCGAGUGGCAAUUUCGCUGCUCUGGUUUCAUCCAUUCAUCAUCUAUAACCGAUAGUCCUGCAGAGUCACGGGGGGCUGGAGCCAAUCCCAGCUGUCACUGGGCGAUAGGCAGGGUGCACCCUGGACAAGUCACUAGUUCAUCACAGGGCUGACACAUAGAGUCAAACAACCAUACACACUGACAUUCACACCUAAGGGCAAUUUA